AUGGCCUGCUGUGCUACCAGCUUCUGUGGGUUUCCCAGCUGCUCCACCAGUGGCAACUGUGGCUCUAGCUGCUGUCAGCCAAGCUGCUGCCAGUCCAGCUGCUGCCAGCCCAGCUGCUGCCAGCCAAGCUGCUGCCAGUCCAGCUGCUGCCACUGUGGUAUUGGAGGUGGCAUUAGCUGUGGCCAGGAGGGAGGCUCUGGAGCCAUGAGCUGCCGCGUCAGAUGGUGCCGCCCAGACUGCCGCGUGGAGGGCACCUGCCUGCCUCCCUGCUGCGUGGUGAGCUCCACACCCCCCACCUGCUGCCAGCUGCACCAUGCCCAGGCUUCCUGCUGCCGCCCAUCCUACUGUGGACAGUCCUGCUGCCGCCCAGCCUGCUGCUGCCACUGCUGCCAGCCCACCUGCUGUGAGCCCACCUGCUGUGAGCCCACCUGCUGCCAGCCCUCCUGUUAA